AGCGAACCCUCUGUCUGAACUCCUCUUCAACGUCAAGCCCGAGCAUCCCCCAUUGACAAGCCAGCUGCUCUCUUGCGCUUCGUUGACCUUCUCUCAUCUCCAAAAAUAUAUAUCAUUAAUAUAAUCCGUUCUUUUCCACCGACCGACCCCUCCCCGCCAUCACCAUCAACAUGCGCUUCUCGGCCCUAAUCACUCUUCUCCCGGUCUUGGUCGCCGCCCAGGAGUCGCAAUACGCCUUCACUGACCAGGUCAAGGGCUGGUUCGACCAAGUCAAGUCCUUUAUUCCUCAGGCUCCUAUUGUUGCGAAUCCCGUCCAAGAAGCCGUUCACAGAACUACCUCGAAGGUCGCGGAAAAGGCUGUCACCCCAGUGACCCUUAACAACUAUAAAGACGUUCUGGAGCCAUCAACUCAACCCCAGGAGUGGCUUGUUUUCUUUACUGGUGGUAACAAGACAUGCUUUGGUCGAUGCCUCCGAGCUGAGCAUGCUUGGAAUGACUCGAUCCCACUCUUUGCCGCAGAUCCUACGUCACCAAAUCUCGGAUAUGUAGACUGCGAAAAGGAAGCAAUUCUCUGCUCAAUCCUGGCCGCCGCAGCCCCCACCAUCUGGCAUCUCGACCUUCCCCAGGUUCACCCUGGCGAGAAACGUCCUGAAGUACCUCUACAUGUUGUGCACUUGAAUUUCACCACCGUCACUCCUGAGACCGUCUACAACGUUCAUGCCGAAAAAACAUGGCAGAAGGAAGAUCGCUACGAAGGCUGGCUUCACCCAUACGAUAGUUUCUUGGCCGAGACUGGCUUGAAUGUUCCCCUCGGCCACGUUAUCUACUAUUUCUCUGUGAUUCCUAGCUGGUUGACUAUGAUUGGUAUCAGCUUCCUCAGCAGGAAUGUGAUGGGUCGCCGUGCUGCAAAUCCAGGCGCAAUUGCCGGCCGUCGUUAGGGAAUAGUUUAUUUGGCAAUUUGCUCAAGAUCUACCUUUAUGGUCUAUUAAUAUAUCUUCGUUGCUACAUGAGUUCCAAUCCUUUUAUCUUUCCAUAUACUUAGUUCUAGGAGGCAUUGCGCUGGUAGGUAUCGGGUCUGGUCUGUUAAUGUUUAAACGAUGAAGGGAUUAUGUUUCGGGGCUCGCAUUGAUUCCAAAUUAUAUACAAUCUACCGACAGCUUACCCAACGGCUGACGAACUUGGAAGCUAUUUCAAAUACCAAUAAACUUCACUGUAUUG